AUGGGUUUUUUAUGGUUAGAUAAAACCAAAAACCGAUUUGGUUAUCUGAGUAAAAACGGUGUGAACUUGAAUAAAAACAACACCGCCGUUAUGAGCGAUAAGACCGGCGACGCAGAUAAAGAAUCCAAAAAAAGUGAGAGCCCAGGAUCUUCUGACGAUUACAGUGGGAAGUAUUCCGAGAGUGACCAAUCAUCACACUCUUCAAAAAGUUCGUCAAAGGGUUCUACAAAGUCAAGUGAAGGAGACGACGACUCCACGGGUACUGAUUCAGAAGGAUCGAGCGGAGGAGCCAAAGAAAUGCUUGAAGAGAUUAUUAAGGAAUAUUCCGAAUUAAAGCGGACAACGAUUUUCCAGAAAGAAGAGCUUGAGCGCAAAAUCACAAAACUGAACGCAGAGUUGACUGAAGCCAAAAAGAUGAGUGAAACGCGUAAAGACCAAGCUUUGCGAAGUACCGACGCGUUGAAGAAAGUGAUAGCAGAAGUAGUCAAAAUGAAAGAAGAGCGAGAGAACUUGGUGACUCAAAUUGAAGAUGAACGAAAAGCCCACGCAGACACCAUAAAACAACUCCACGCCGUUCAGUCUCAAGUGAAUAGUGGAGUUGGUGCCGGUCCGUCCGAACUUGAAAUGACUUUUCGUGUACUUUUAGAUGGCUCUAAAGUGACGGAUGCCAUUUUAGUGAAGAAUGUUGAUUCCGAAAAGGAUGACUUACGGCUCCAACGCUCGCUUUUGGAGAACAAAAUCAUGUCACUUGGUCAAGAUAUUGUUCUUCUCAAACAAGAGCGUGACAGUAACAAAGAGAACAUUAAAAACAUGGGCGAGAUGAAGAAGAGCAUCGACGAAUUAAUGAAGAAAAACUCCGAACUUGAAGAUGAAAAGGCCAAACUGAAAAGGGACAAUGAAACCUUGAAGAAAAAGGGUUCAAAUAUGCCAACUUUGUCAUUCAAAGCAGAGAGCACUGAAGCCUCUCUUAAGCUUAAAUCAGCCGCAGAGGAACUUGAUAAGUCGAUUUCACUUAUGGAAUGUCCAACUGACAUUUUAGAUUUAUUGGAUUCAGUUGAAGAAAUGAUGAAAGACCAAGUUUUCCACCGGACCAUGUUCAACUGUGUUUCUACCAAAUGUAAGAGUGUUUUGGGUGCUGUGUUGUUAAGUGCCGGGUUAACAACAGACGUUGCAAUCAACAAUCUUUACGUCAUCAAGUCCGUACAGAGUGAAGCCAUCAGAUCAAAAGUGCCCACAAAUUUAAAAGUCUACGACAAGAUUCUUGAAGAGGUCCUUCUCUUCGAAGACCAAUUCAAGAAAAAGGCGCCUAUAAAAAUAGUUGACGAAAACUACGCUCCAAGUUUAAGAGCAACCAUUAGUGGAAGAAAGAACAGAACAGCCUCGGUAUAUACCGGCGUUAAUUUCCCAACACCACAUUUCGACAAAGCUGCCAUGCCUUCUCCUGGUGUGAGUUCGAAAGGAGAUGCUUCUUCGAACACUGGAGAAGCAUUUAAGGCGGUUGAAUCUCUUGAGAAGGAGAUCAAAGCAGAGGAUGACAAAAUAGAGUCGAAAGAAAUGGUGUGUAACGUCUCGAACACGGUGUCACACGUCUUUUUAGUGAAUGGCAAUAUUUGGGUUGUCAAAAAGACGGAGGGGGGGAAGAGCACUAUAUCGUCAUACUCUCCGUCCUUCUUGAAAAAGGAAACAGAGAGCACACCCGUCGAAUUUAGAAUUACUACUGUUCACGUCAAUGGAACGCAUGUGAUAUGUGGUGGUGAAGAUGGGUUAGUCAAUGUAUAUGAAGAAAGAGUAUCCAAUCGACUCGAAACCGACUUGACAUUAACUAAGCGAGUUGUUGCUAUUGGAAGUAAACCGGGGAAGAAUACGGUGUGGGUCUUGUCUGAAGAAUCUCUUGCAACAUUUGAAUUGGCUAAAAAACUCAAACCCAAAAUGUUCAAGUUAAAACUCCCGAUCAAAGGAUCGCUGAUACAAAGUGGGUGCAUCUGUGGAAAGUACUUCUGUGUUGGGACGGUCUUUGGUGCGUUAAGAACUAGUUACCCACCCACCUCUAAAAGCGUCUUUAAGCAAAUCUCUGAGUUGCCUUCAGUCUCCUUCGGCGCAAUGGAAGCUGUUGGCGAUAGUUUAUGGGCGGUUUCACAGGACAAGAACACUGUUUUUAAUUUACAUGGGAAGGAAGUCAAAACGUUCAAUUUAGUCAAGCCCAAUUCGCUUACGUCCAUAGCAGAUGACAUGUGGAUAGGUACUGGUGAUGGGUGUAUCAAAGCAAUCAACACCAAGAGUCUUGCUGUAACGGACUUUGUUUGUACACAUUCACAAGUGGAUAUGGUUGGCGGUGCUGUUCUUGAAAUACCCCAACCCAACUUGAGUAAAGUGUAUUACUUCUUUUUUGCAGAAGGGUGUACUCUCAGGUCAUUACCAACCGAGUAUUAUAAUCACCGAUACAACCUAUCAACUGACUCUAUUGGCAGAAAUUGUAUUGUAUGUGGUAAAAUUGUCCACAAUGGCCUUUACUGCUCAUACUGCCCCGCUUGUUGCCACACUGAUUGCUCCGAUAAAGCCGCGUUGGACGCGACGUUGAGACUGUGUUCUCGAGACCCGGAGAAGAAAUCGAAGCAGACCAAAGUGAAAGUGACUACAGCCCGUUCUUCAUCGACAUCAAUUGGAAAACCGCCUUCUCCACUCGGGGUUUCCAAAGGAGACAACACUAGCGACUCCAAGUGA